AUGGCAGAGAAAGGGCCGGAUUUGUUAAGGGAUCCAGAAACUCAUACACCUCGAAGUUCUUUAGUCUCGAACUCUAGUCGCACUCCCGAACUACCGAAUUCACAAUCAAUUACUUCAUCGAAAAAUAUAUCGCGAAAACUUAAAUUGCCCCUAUACGGUCAUGGGAAUCCUCCAGAAGAUAUCCAGCAAAACAAACAAUCUGGAUCUCAUGCAUUGUCCACUUCCGGUGCUUCUCGAACACCGGGAAAUACUUCAUCAACCCAAUCUACAGUUGAUCAGACAAGUAACUUGAAUUCCUAUCGAUACCUUUCUGGGACAUCUGACGAAUGGGAGAACUUAUUUUCGAGAGAUAAGCAGCUUCCCACUGUAACUGUCAAUUCAGACCUACUGCCUGACGGUCCUGAGUCUUCAUUAAUACCGUCCAACCCUCAAUCUUCAAAUGUCGAGGAAACGCCUGUAUCUGAUGGCAGACCUUCAGUACCCAGCAGUGGUAAUGCUUUGGAUAGCAGUACAUCUACGGCUCUGCCGGUAGGCUCUGGGGACGACAUAUCUACGGCCAAGAGUGGUUCUGCUUUCCUCGAUUUAUCGCUUGACUCUACUAUCAAUCCUACUCAGUCUGAGUCUCAGUCCCAGAUCUUAUCUGCAUCAGCCAAUUCUCCAUCUUUGUUCACCGCCACCGGAAAAGACUCUCAAGGAUCCUUUAGAGGACGGUCUAAACGGCAAAUCGACGAUUCCAGCAAGCCAGCUGAAAAAGGAUCAGAAGGAACAGCUGACGAAGUCGAUAAACCGUCUACUACACUUUACCACAUUUCCCCGAAGAAGGGAAUACCACAACAAAUUAUAAACGAAUUUACAGAGAAAUUAGAAAAAGAGACAGAUCCAGGAACUCUUUGGACUAAUGGGUUUGAAGAUGAGUUCGUUGUAUUCUGGGCGCAAUACCUUACACCAGAACAAGAAAGCUUCUAUAAGACUGAGCCUGCGGUUGAGACAAUUAAAGAUCCGAGCAAAGAAAAGCCGCGCCGUCAUACUCGAAGGUCUAUUAAAAGACCUAGCUCUGCAAAGUUCCCCCAGAAGAAGAUGGAACAUAGAAAUGAAAGCACAUUACGGAAGCGGACAAGACCAGUACAAUUCCUUCCCCCAGAAACCCAGAGCCAUCAACAUGGUGCAGUGGAUGACCUAAAGAUGGUCUCUCAACCUGACGGUGUAGACUUGGCUGAUAUUGAUACCUACUCAUAUCAUGCUUUUGAGCAACCUAGUAGCCGUGUUUACGUGAUUGACUCUGGGUGUUCGGAGGAGAGUAAUAUAUGGGCUGAUAUCGACCCAAAUCACGUUGAAUGGCUCCACCCAGGGGGUCUGGCGGUUCCCCAAACAAAAUCUGAACGCUUUGAGACUGAUUCUACAGAAGAUGACUCGUCAAAAGGUGAUCAUCAUGGCACAAAGAUACUCUCUAAACUUAUCAAUGACCCUUAUGGGACAGGGAGGUCAGUAGACGUAACGAUCGUACGACUUCCGAAAGCUCUUCCUACUUCAGAAGACGGAGAGGACGAUGAAGAGAUUACCUUCUGCCAUUCCUGCCUCUACCAUGCAUACCAGCUGAUAUUCCAAGAUAUAAGACUAAAGAUGGCGACGGGCGGUCCGAAUGCCUAUGUGAAUAUGCGAACCAUAAUUACCAAUUCUAACGCUAUUGAGUUCGACUUAGAUGAGCCAGAGGAUAGUCGAACCGGCUUGAUCCCCGCCGAUGGAGAUUUUAAUUUCCAAGAAUACGACUGGCUGUCGAGAUUCACUCGACUAGGAGUUGUCGUCACAGUAUCUUCUGGAAGUAAUCACCCUGACGAAGAUCAUGAUAAGAGGUUUAAUUUGAGAGAUGUCCCUGCAGUCUGGAGUUCUUCUGCAUCAGCGGCCAGCAGUCCUGAUUAUUUACCACUAAUUGUCGUUGGAGCAUGCGGUACCGAUGGGACAAGAUUCAGUGGUCAACCGUAUUUGCCAUGGCCAGAUCGUUGGCCGAACGCCCAAAUCGACGUGUAUGCGCCUGCCUACAAUACCGACGUCAGUGAUGACCUGUAUGACACUACGAAGGUGUCUGGAUCCUCAUACGCCGCACCAGUGGUAGCCGGUAUGAUAGCAAAUUUCUACAACUCCGAACACAUGAAUGAAUUAGUAAGGCGUUUUAAUGGUUUUCCCCAAGAGAACCGUGGAGGUCUAGACUGGGUCAAACUGGUCAGAGACUACGUCAGGGAAUUAUCAUGGGAAAGAACACCAAACCAGCCCGGCGGACUAACAGUCAAUCUCUUAUACAACGGCGAAAAUCCUCUACUUCGGAAUGGUGCUCCAGCAUGCCAGGUAUCCGGUCAAACUUCUAGACGGCAAGAUGACCAAAAUCAGCCUUGCGUGAAGAACGACCCUCAACAAGCUUCCUCUACAAGCGUCACGCCCGUUGCUUCAGUGACAAGUGUCGAAUCCGUCAAUAGUGUGGCAUCAGCAUCACCUGAACCCCUUACGAGCGCUUCUACCAAACCUCUUGAUACCACUAAGGCACAUCAUGUAAUUUGCAAGCAAGGAAAUUACACCUGGGACGGCCAGCAACGGAGUGAAAUAACUCUAUACACUGAUUAUGAUCCAGUGCCCCGCGAUUCGGACGCGUGGCAUAGUAUGAUAUUUCCAAAAGGCCCAGGUCACGUCAAAAAUGGACCACCCAAUGAUGAGUUCGUCACAGACCCUAAUAUAGAUCCUCAGAUUGGUAGUUCUAUAUCGGGCAAGUUCAAGGACUUAAGCUUUACUUUUGUUCCAACCGUUGCCGCAGUCAUCAAUCUGGAUGCAUACUAUAUGCCAGGAAAAGGUUCUAUCUAUAACAAAUGGAAUCAGUUAAUCUGGGAUUCGGAAUCAGGUACUCGCAGACUUUUCGAUAUGUGUCUAGCAUCAGGAGUUGGCUUUAGUAAUUACGGAAAUGUGGACCCUCGACUUUUUUGGCCAUUAUAA